AUGUUUCCCGCUGAGCAGGUGAUGGCAGGUGGUGCACAAGCUUUCAUGUCGUUCAAAGCCAUUCAGCUAGCGCACACACAGAAAACAAAUACUUAUCUAGGUCGUGGUCAGGAUUACCAAAUGUCAACCAAAGCAUCCAUAACCACUACCACAAUCAUCAAGAAGAACAAUAUAAUCGUCAUCACCAUCGUCACUAUCAACAUUUUAAGCAUCAGCACGACCACCAUCAACAUCAGCAGUGGCAUCCACAAAGUCAAAGCCAUCCCAUAG